AUGACUAGCGUGACCACGGACGCAUCCCCUCAACCCGGGAUCCAAGAUGAACCUACUGCGCCGCCGGACUUGACAGCUACUUCCAGUCGCAAAAGAAAAGCCUCCGAGCUAUUGUCAAACAAAGAGGGCCCUACUACACCCCGUCAAAAGAUUACACGAGCCUGUGACUCAUGCAAAGUAAAGAAGACCCGCUGUACGGGCACUCUGCCAUGCACCAGGUGUACACGACUAUCGCUACCAUGCAAGUACAACGCCGCUUACUCGCGCGGGCUACCACCAGACCCUCUACCUGCAUUACCCAGCCCGCUCUCAACUCCUACGGGCCGGCGUACUUCAGAAGCUGCAAGCACGUCCAACAGCCCCCAUCUACGGGCGAGUGCAAGAGAUUUGGCCGUAACCAACAACAAGUCGCUUCCAAUCUCGAGCCAGCACCAUGCAGUGUCAUCACGAAACUCACCCGAACCAGGAUCUACGGAUUUCGAGGGCAAUUACCUCGGCCCUGCAUCGGGCGUGUCGUUUAUCAAUCGCGUCUGGAGUCGUCUACACCAGGAUGAGACCACGCACUAUCCCGAUGAACUUCAAAAUGAAUCAUCCCGGAAUACGGCUGUCUUUAUGUUUGGUGAUAAGCCAUAUUGCAAUUCCCCAGAGGUGGACUUUACACUGCCAUCUUUGGAGAAGGCCAUGGAAUUGGUUGGCAUCUACUUCGAUUUCUCCAUGGUGACUUAUCGCUUCGUGCAUAGAGGCAACGUUGAGGAUUGGACUAGACAGCUUUACCAGAGUAAUAUUUCGCUCUCUAAUCCGCCGGUGGGGAAUAUGGUUGCUAGAACUGCUGUUGUUUUCAUCAUCUUUGCUGUGAGUACCUUGUACACGGAGCUUCGGCCAGAUGGGAUGCCUGAUGGGCGUAGUGAAAGCGAACGCUGGUAUACAGCUUCGAAAUACAUGACCUCGCUUGAGUCAGGACCACCGAGACUGGAAACAAUCCAAGCUCGACUGGGCCAAUGUCUUUACCUACUGUCAUCUUCGCGGGCCAACGAAUGCUGGUAUUCAUUUGGCACCACUAUGCAGGUCGUUACAGCUCUCGGAUUGCACCGAAAAUGGCCUGUCAAAGUAUCGAAUAAAGGAUGCUCCUAUCUGGAACUGGAGCUGCGCAAGCGCAUCUUCUGGAGUGUAUACAUUUUAGACAAAUAUCUCAGCAUCAUGUUUGGACGGCCUCGACUAUUACAUGACGAGGACAUCGAUCAAGAAUUACCAGACGAGAUGAACGACGAUGACUUGCUGGAAGAGGACCCAACAAGACGAACAGGAUCUACAGAUAGCAUGAUGAUCGCCUCAGUGCUUCAUUACCGACUCGGCCGCAUCCUCGGCGACAUAUCCCGCCAACUAUACAGCAUAAACACCCCAACCCGCGACUCGCCCCUAGAAACUGCCAUCAGGCUAACCUCCGAACUCGAAAAAUGGAAAGAAACAGUCCCACCACUAUUCAAUAGCGUCCGCCCAUCAAGUCUAAUCCCACCCCUCUGUCGACAAAGCCAAGUCCUGCAACUCGCCUACUCACACGCAAUGAUUCACGUUACGCGUUCAUUCCUCCUAACCGACUUUACAGACCUAAGCCGCAGACCCAAAGUCCCACACCCAAUGGUCAGCUCUCAUGUGCAGAAAUGUAUACAGGCCGCCGAGGAUAUCAUGACUAUCGUUGAUAGUCUCGCGCAGCAAGGUGUUCUGAUUCAAUCGUUUUGGUUCACGCACUAUGUCUGCUUCUGUGCAAUUUUGGUGGUUUAUAUUCAUACCAUCCAGCAACAUCGGGGAUCGCUGGGGGAGAGACCAGGGUCAGCGGCCGGGGCUUCAAUUUCUUCUGUAGGAAGCCCCAGUGACCGGGAUAAAUUGCGGCAGCUGUUUUCUCUCGCGGAGACUUGUCAGCAACAUCUUGCUGAGGCUACGCGGAAGAACUGUCCGAGUCGGCGGUAUGGGAUUAUCCUUGAGGAGCUUCGACAGGAGGUUCAUCGACAGAUUGGGACUAAUGAGCUCUCUAUUGAUACAAGAGCACCCUGUCUCAAUGGAGAUGGUGCUUCUGGGGCAUCGGAAAGUGGCAAUCAUCAUGGGACUGGGCCCUUUGAUACUCAUACGGUGGAUCUGCCCUCCAUAUCGGGGAUGAUGCAGCCUGCCGAUCUGGGGAUGAAUACAGGAGAGGAUGCAGGGUUCCUUGAGAGCCUUGAGGGAUCAAUAUGGUGGGCUCAGCUUGAUUCGUGGGCCUUAUCUAAUUUCCCUAAUGACCCUUCUACAUGCAACUUCUGA